AUGAACCAGUUUAGGAUAUUAUCCACAGAUUCUUCGUUUUCUACCCCUUCACUGGGAGAAACGUUUGACUUUGUUCCCUUGGACACUGGUUAUUCUUUAUGCGAUGACCUUGAUCUGGUAUACUCCAACGUAUUAAAGGUAGUUUUAUUUGCGUACAUUAAUGAGCCCAGGUUCAGAAGGAAGUGGAAACGGGUAGGUUCCAAUGUGAAUUCUCAAAGGCUACGAGUGAAGGGUGCGAGCCAUGACAAUGGUAGUAAUAGAUUAUCAACGUGGUUUUCUCAUGAUCCCAGUGAUGAUGAGGACGAAGACGAUAACAACCGAAGCAGCAUUGGAGGCUCCUCAUACAAUAAAGAAUCUAUGAAACAGGUUUUACAAGCAUUAGAACAAAAACUUACACGGAUAGCCAUGAAUCAGGACAUUAUCAGCGAUUCUAUGUUGAGAAGAAGUCUAUUAAAGUUUUAUAACGAUGUGUUCUUGGAUUCGCAAUUCAAACAGACUUUGGGAACGAUGACAAAGCCUGAAGAUCUUAUUAUUCUUUUCGUCAAAAGCGCCAACAAAGAGUUAACGAAGUUGGAAACAAAGGAUCCGAAGUCAGACUUGUUUGUUCAAAUGAGUCGUUUCAUCAAUAUUCUAAUAGAUUUGUCAAGAGACACUAAGAUGGGCCCCACCUAUGUGAAACGGCUCAAUGCAUAUAAGAAUUCGUUGAAACAGGGAGAUAAUAAUAAGAGGAGUCCUUCACCAAUCAAUGGUAAUGUUAUGACUUCAAAGGAUGAGGAAUCUAAGCUUGUUGAUGAUACUUUACAACCGACAUUUAGGUUGAGUGAAAUAACUCAUUCCAAGAUAUUGACUACGAUUUUCGGUGUAGAUGAGUUGAAAUUGCAAAGGGACGUUAUCAGACUUUCUCUUUCGGUGAAGAACGAUCUAUAUCUACAUGAAUUAUCACAAUACGAGCAAGCCAUUAUGAAAGACGAGGCGGAACUAAAACCCAUCGAUUUCGGUACUAUGGAUCAAUACAGCGAUUGGAAAGACCACCAACUGAAACACUUAUCAGAGUUGAAGGACAAAGUGAAACACGGUUUCUCUGGCCAUAACGAGAGUGGAAAAAACAUCACCAAAGACAUGCAAUUGAUUCCAAACGACCCCCGAUUAAUUUUCCAGACUUUGGUGAAUUUGAUAUUGAAGCAUGAUUUUGUUAGACAAGAGCGUGAUAACGAGGCAUCAAUUUCUCUUGAUUCUAAAUUUCUGCUAUCCAGAUGUCUAAGAUACUGGUUAAUAGAUUAUGGCAGCGCUGUAUUUGUUAAUGCGGUAAGUGGCUGUCUGCAUCUCAUACGGAAUCUAGAUUUCCCGGAAGGAAUGAAAAUGACACAGUAUGUGUUCGGUUUCAUGGAAACAAGGUUAUCUGUGGAAGCACCUGAACAUACGGAUCCCUUGGGAUGGAAUAAGAAGGAUCAAGACCAAUGGUCAACCAACCAAGUAACAAUAUUCCUAUGGUUAACGGACGAAGUAUAUCGAUGCAUUGAAUGUAUGUUUAGUUCCAAGACCAGGGACACCAAAUUGAAAUCGGUAAUAUCCACAUACCAUGCGUUAGUGGAGCACGAUUCCGUGUUAAUAGAAAGAGAUUUCCAAAAGAGUGAUAUGUACAAGAAGCAGAUUCAUAAGUUAAAGAAGAAGACUUUCCUCACCAUUGAACAAAGGUACAUCAGUUUAAUUCGUCACGUCCCCACAGACAGUGAAAUCAGUAUCAAGCAUUUACACGGCUUAUGCGAGUCGAUUCUUGAUGACAUAGCUUUGAUAGAAACGAAGUAUAAGCCUUUGACAAAUUUAUCAUCAAGAUACAAGUUUGUCGGCAUAAUCAUACAUACUUAUUUCUCUGCGUUGUUCAGAGAUUUGAAGAUAUUGAUGCAGAGAAUCAAGAAAUACAACAAACCUAUCGACACAGAUGCACUCGACACGUACAAGCUUUUGAAUGAAUUGAGAUGGAAAAACUACGAAGAAUCUGGAUCCAUCAGCAGUGAAGGUUCCAUAUUAGAACCCAUCUUCUACAAAUACCUACUAAGCUUUUGUGAGAAUACGGGUGAUGUAGUAAAACAAGGUUGCGAAAGGAUCAUCAUCCAUGAAACUUGGGAACCCAUGGACAAAGAAGCUGAUCAAUGGUAUAGUAGGUCUGCAUAUGAUAUUUCUCGACUCAUCUCAGAUACGUUAAGACUAGUGGAACAACUUCAAUGGAAUGAUCUGGCCCAGUUGGGUACUGCCUACUCUGUAGUUUUGGGAAAGAUCAGUGAAUGUGUUCUCCAUUACGCAAGAUGUAUGGAAGAUAUAGUGAGAGAAGAUCUAUGCAUAAGCGAAAAUGAUGAACAAAAUGGUCAAGGCCAAGGCAUGGGACACAGACUGGGCAACGAUGUAUCUAUCUUCAAGGACAUGAAAUCAGCGAUCCAAUCUUCCAAGUUGUGGAACAACCAAUGGAAACAACAAUUGCAAGGCAAGAGAAGACGUUCAAAUGUUGAUGCUGUUGAUGCUGCCUCAGCUGCCUCAGCUUCAGAUACCGAAUCUGCAACAACAACGACUACAGCAACUGCUGCUACUGGAUAUGUGAUCUCGAUGAGAAGCUGUGUUUGUUUAAACAACAUGGCAUCGAUAUUGAACAUGAUUGAUGAAGUAGAGAAAAGUUUCCAAUUAAACCAAUUGAGUGAAGAAGUACGUGCUCACGUGACCGACGACAACAAUAAGAAAAUCAAAUCGGAGAUUAAGGGCCAAUUGUGGUCAAUAGUUCCGAUAGCCGCCGAAGGUGCUCCUUGCGUCGGCGGAAAGGAUAACCAGAGCCCCAGAUACAGUUUGUCAAUUGUCGACACGGCCAAGCGGCAUGAGAUAUACAGGACGCUAGUUGGCGGCUUUCCCGAAUGGUGGGAAGAUGAGGAGCUAGAUUUAGAACUGGAACCUCAGGAAAGAAUGUCCUUGUCACUUGUUUUAUGGCAAGAAAAACAAGAAGCUGGAGCUAACCGCCAGCGCCGCCAUCGUAGACAGCGGAAAUACAACUCCGGAACUGGUACUAGGACAUCAGAGACACAAGGGACCGGCGGCAAUGGCGGUGGCGGCAAUGGCAGCGGGGUUCCCGUUGGUCGGUGUUAUUUAGAUCUUGACAUGCCAAGGGAUAUGCUGAAAUCGCGUAAAAACGAAAGCGGACUGGAAAAGUCACUUGUCUUACCACUAGAUACUCAAGGGCGUAUACACGUAAGAGUAUGCCUCGAAGUGGAACGUGCAGAACCUGAUUGUAUCGUUGGUAAGACACGUAGAAUCGUCGCACGCAUAUUGACCCAGAGCUUGAAACAAGUGACAAACAGAUUUGAGCCAUGUAUUAAUGACUCAUUCUCCAAGAAGUCAUUGAGCAUGUCUCUUUCAUCUUCAGUCCCCGGACAACGUCCGACCGAUGAUGACAUCUAUGACAGCCUUGUCCCACUCUUCGAUCAUUUGAACGAGAACUUGACAGUAUUGGCGCAAGCACUUCCUACUGCGUUAUUACACCAGAUUAUGCUACAAGUAUGGAACAAAAUCCUUGUUGCUGCAGACGCUCUUUUGCUUCCGCCAUUGCAGCUCGCGUCAAUAUCGUCAAGUGCAAAUUCAGAGUAUAAUUUUGGCAGUAGAGGCAACAGAAUGUCUUACAGCGGUUCAACCAGGGGCAGCUCCUCCGUUUGGGAUACCGCCGUGUCCGGAUUCCAAAAAGUGUUACAAAAGCCGGGAUUCACCGGGUGGUCAUCACCGUUCUCCAAUAAUUCCAACUACAACAACACAGUGGGAACCUCACUAGAAGUAGAAAUAGUAUUCAUGUGGAUUGAUAUUCUAUGUCGAGACUUCUUCCACAAUAACGGCGAAGGUCCUCCGUUAGACAAAUUGAAGAACGACCAAUACCAGCAACUCAUGCUAAUUGCCAGUCUGUUCGACAAUGAAACCUGUGAAUUGAAACAAACCAUAGAAGAAGAAGACCAAAGGUCCGUACCUUCUCUAUCGCAAUCGGUGAUGGUCGCUCUGCGGAUAUUGUGGUCGCGUGGCGACCACAAAUACGUGAUGAGCCAGAUUCAAUCACGUGACCGUGAUAUUCGAGCCGCGGUGGCAAAACUCAGAAUCACCUCCAACGACUAG